AUGGCAUGUGGUUCCGAACAUGGAUUGAACAAGACGUACGGAGACAACGAAUUCGUCAACCAAGAGCCCAAGGUGCAGAAGCAGGCAAGACAUAAUUCACUCGGAAGUCUAUCGACAGUGAGCGCAUCAAGCGAGUCGCAAAAGCAGUAUGUCUCGGAAACGGAAAUGAGCAAUGCUGCAGUAGCGACCUACGCACCGGAGACAGCAUUUGGAUUCGUCACUAUAAGAUAUUUUUGCGAAAUUCGUCCUUCGUAUCCAGAACAUCCGGUGUCGCCUAUCUUUGCGGUUUCGAUCAACAUCUUUCAGGGUCUAGUAGUAGAAGAAUGGAAAAGACCGCCGGACCGGCGAAUUUUGAUCAAAACUCCAAACACCAUGCCCGUCUACGACGAUUGGAAGUCUUUCACCAACCCUGCGACCGGCCCUGUGCUGGGAUUCUUCACUUGUCCACCAAGCGGAAUAGGUGCUUCCGGUACAAGUGCCGCUCGGCUGCCACUGCCAUUUAUCAACCCUUCAUCUGUCAAUCCCUCACCUGGCCCUGUAAUGGGAUAUUUCACGUGUCCACCGAACUCCGACACGAGCUCCAACACGAGCUCAGCUACUCCGGGCCGUGGAAGUAGCGAGCAGGGAAGUCGAGGUGGGCGCGGCGAUGGAGCGCCUGAAAAUUGA